GAAGCCUCUUCCAGCAUAUAAUACAAAACCUUCCUGGAUCUUUAUUGGAUUGUAUCAUUACUGAUAAACACUUGGGAGUACAAUGAAAAUGCUUGGAGAGCCUGGGAACAUAAAAAUGGACAGAAAGCUGUUAAAGCCACAGGUAGAAAGACGAAGAAGAGAGAGGAUGAAUCAGAGUCUGGAGAACCUGAGAACUUUACUACUGCAAGGUCCUGAGCACAAUAGCCCCAAUCAGCGAAGGAUGGAGAAAGCAGAGAUCCUGGAAUACACAGUCCUCUUUCUGCAAAAGUCUAUCCAAGACAGGGCCAAGAAAGCAAAAGAUGAAGAAGAAACACAAAAGCAUCAGUUCAUGGAUGGCUUCUCUACGUGUCUUCAGAAAGCUUCCCGUUUUCUGUUAGAUGAAGGAGAGGGUCGUGGGAUCGAGGGUUCAGUAACAGCCACACUCUGUCAACAGCUGACACAGCCAUGUGUGCCCACCCACAUCAGACUGCCUGUCAAAGUCCACAGGUCCUCGAGAACGAAAGUUCCCGAUUCACAUCCACAGCAUCAUCUGCAGCAGACAUCUGUCUGCAAACAAAGACUUUCUCCGGUUCGCAAAGACGUUGUGUUACACCAGAAGAGGAUUCCUCUCAGAAGCACAAAGUCCAGUACACUGCAGUGUCAAAACACACACACAGUAGCCCAGUCAACCUCUCAACACCAAGCUCCUGUCAGUCAAUCUGUUUGGAGACCUUGGCCUUAAAAGACUUUUAAAGUAAUGUACAGAGAAAUGGACUCAAAUACUGGGGCUUGUGUAAUAAUCAGACAUGGUUUAUCUCUUUUAUAACAGGAGAUAUAUGUCUAUAUCUAUUUUCUUAAUGUGUAAUGAUUUCAUGAUCUGACACCACAUUGAAAAUGUAAAAUGUGUAUAUAGUGUAUGAUAAAUGAUGGCAGUAUAUUUUUACACAGAUGUUUUUUUUUGCAUGAUCUGUACUGGGUGUAUGAUCUGUAAUGCAUAGCUUAUGUAUGUAUUUAUCUAUUUUGCACAUUAAU